AUGCAAGCCGCGGGAUCCGUGCAGGAGGAUCGUCCUGCCUGUCGCGCUUGUCGAAAGAGGAAACUCCGCUGCUCGCGCGAAGUGCCGCUCUGCGCGCAUUGUCGGAGAAUCGGGACGACGUGCGAGUAUGAUGGGGAAAGAGAGAAGCCGGGUCUCAAAGCUGGAGCUGUCGAGGCGCUGAGAAGACGCGUUGGUAGAAUAGGCCGGGGUCGGAUACCAGUGCUGUGGCUGCGGCACUGCGCGAGGGCAUGGAGAUGCUCCUGGGACACCUGCAGCAGCCUCAUAGCCGCAAACGACACCGUUCUAGAGGCCGUGGUCGAUGCGUACUUCGCGCUGGUCCAGCCAUGGAUCCCCAUCUUCCACGAAAAGAGAUUCCGGCGGCGGCUGCGGAGCCCGGACAAGGCUCGCCUGGAAGUUGUGCUGCAUGCGAUGGUCGUGGCGAUGCUCAAGCAUGUCGACCAGUCGGUCCUGCCGGCCGAUCUCCACGAUAUCGAAGCGGUCUGUGAACGAUCCCGGAAGAUUGUGGUCCUGACCGCAAUGGAUGACCUCUACGUGGAGAACUUGCAGGCGUUGAUUAUCAUCUGCUUUGAGGAUAUUGGAUCCGGCAGAGUCUCUCGAGCGUGGCCGAUCGUCGGCUCCUUGACGCGAACGGUGGAGUACCUUCAGUUGAGCGUCGAGUCCGAGAACCACGAUACCGGACGAGUCUUGCAGCCCCGGCCUUCCCUUCCGACGGCGGCAGACUGGGUGGAGGAGGAAGAACGACGGCGUGUUUUCUGGACGGUUUUCAACUUGGACAGGUGGAACACGAGCCUCACCUCCAACGACGUCCACCGUCGUCUCCCCGCAGACGGCGGCCUCUGGCACAAUGAAGAACCCGUCACCACCCCCUUCUUCGGCAUCUGGGACCGCUCCGCGGGGAAGAUCGGCACCCUGAUCGCCUUCCUACCGACCGACAAGCCGUCGCCCACCGCGCAAGUCGACAUGUCCACCGUCGGCGCCUUCGCCUACCGCGUCGAAGCCACCGAGUCGCUCAGCCGCGUGACGACCUUCUUCCUCCAGCAGCGCAUCAACCACCGCGACCGCCAGGAGAUGGGAAGCUGGCUGAUGCGGUUCAAGGAGCUGGAUCUCCGCCUGGUCAGCUGGAAGAUGUUCCUCCCGCAGAAAUGGAAGGACACCAAUAUCUCGCGGCAGCCGACGGUCGUGACGAUGGAUCCGAAUCUCACGCUGGCGCAUAUCACGCACAACACGUCGAUGAUCCUGCUGCAUCAGCGGAUCGCGUAUCCGCCGCCGGAGUGGUUGGAGGUGGUCAAGUUGCCCACGCUGUCCAGUGCCGAGACGUGCGAGGCGGCAGCGGCCGAGACGGCCAAUAUCACCGAGAAGUAUCUGGGGAAUUGUCCGAGGGACGGGGUCGUGGAUAGUCAGUUUGCGUUUUGUGUGUUUGUCAGUGCCAGGGUUCUCCUUGGUGAGUUUUCUUCCUCUGGACCUAGCCGGGGCUUCUCACAGCGGACCCUCGAGGUAGUGCAUUGGCGAUAUUACGGCACGCCCUUGUCGCCAGAUUACUGGACCCUGAUGAAAUGCCUCGAUGCCAUGGCCACACGCUGGUCGGGCCGUGUCCAGGCCAGUCGUCAGAACUCAGCGGCCCGGUAUUUUGGCCAGCUCAACGCCAUCCACCGGGCGUGUCAGAGCGACGAGAACUUCAAGCUGGAUGUCCUGGGAUACUCCAACGAGAUUGAAUGGACGGGAGAGAAGCAGACAACAGCACCGGCAGCCGUACCAGCACCGGACACCACCACUGGACUGUCCCAGGUGGCCUUUCCGGCAGACCUACCGCCGAUGCUGCAGUCGAGCCCGGCGAGGAUGAGCUACAACACCGGCAGCCCGGACGAAUUGACGACGGUGACCUCCAUCCUGCUCGAUCAACAGUACUCGGAGAUGGACCGGAUCAUCAGUCUAAGUAAUGCGUAUUUCGCAUCCGAUGUAGCCUAUAGUACUUGA